UGCUAUUUUACGCCAUUAUCUCCCGAAGUUUUGCGAGCACCACUGCUCCAAAAUCAGUCGGUGUUUUUUAAUGCUUCUCUAAUGCAAAAUGUGGCCUCGUCUGAUCUCGUGCUUGCUCCUGAUCAUUGCGUUUGCUCGAGGCGCCGUGAGACAUGCCAUUCCUGUGACCUGUCUUUUUGGACAACGCUGUGUUUUGCCAUGCCAUAUUCAGAAAGGACUUUCAAGAAUCAUAUGGUCUAAAGAUUUUUUACCAGUACAGUAUUUUCCCAGAACUGGCGAGUACCACGAACACGGAUCAUACAGAAACAGGACCUGCCUAUUCGAGCAAGAGUUUCACAAUGGCAACUGCUCACUGGCGAUCGACAGCACAACACUUAAGGACGAUGGUCUUUUUAAGUGUGCCAUCUGGAGCCAAAGUAAAGAGGAAAAUGAUUUAUAUUUCAAAGUACAAGUGGAUGUUCCAGUGGAGAAGGUGGUCAUUAAGCGUGUAGGGGACGUUCUGAUCUGCAGCUCAGAGCGGGUGCAUCCCAAAGCGCAAUGCCGAUGGUCAGAUGACUUUUCAAACCCCGGUCCUACAGUUUCCCCGGAUGACCAGCAUCUCUGCUCCAUCAACUGUACCACUCCACUGCUCCGUAAUGUCUCACAAUACACCUGCAUAGUCAGCACUCCAUUCAGCUCAAAGAGGGCCACCUAUGCACAGAUGCAGCCUUUGAGUGAGUAUGUUUCCUGUAUGACCUUUGCUGUCCUGAUUGUGACUGUACUGAUUUUCCUCUCAACUUACAAACGUAAAGAGACCAAUUCUGAAGUCUCAACUUCUGACUCUAAGCUAAAUUCUUCCCAGAGGAUCCAUACAGUGAAGUACAUUUAUGGUCUGCUUGGUCUUGGGUCGAUGUUUCCCUGCCAGUUGCUUGAGAUCUCCUCCCUGUACCUGAACAGACACAUGGAUCAAACCUGGAUCUUCAGCUUUAUCGCCCUGGUAUCUCAACUUCCUACUCUGAUUUCUGUUGUGGUGAAUUCUUUUUUUGUCUCAAGAUUUUCCCCACAAAAGUACAUCUUGGGCUGCCUUGUCUUGGUUUUGGUCAUUUUUGUCAUAAUGUUAAUUUUUAUCAAGGUGCCAAUUUCUAAGGAAAUAUUUUUUUAUAUUAACAUGACUUCACUCUGGUUGGUUGCACUGUUUAGCUGCAUGAUAACACAUAAUCUUAGUGUAAAAUUUGAUUCACUGCCAGAAAUUCUCAGAAAAGCUUUUUAUCUUUGUCAGUUGUCUGCUGGGACUGUAGCAUCAAUUGUUAUGAUCAUUUCUGUGGCCAUUGCAGAUGCAGAUGCAGCUAAUAUGCAAUUUUGCUGUUACUCAUUUGCCAUUGUUGUUUCACUGGUUAGUCUAGUCGCAUACUGCAUCUAUCACUGUCGUUCUAGCCAAAAGCAUCAACCUGAACAAAAGACCGGCGCUGAACAGCUCCCCUUAAAUAAUUUAAGCAGUAAUAACAAUAAUAGCAAUAACCAUGAGCCCCCACCUUGCCUUGAUGGUGAAGGCACAAACACGACAGGGGGAAAUUUUUGCACUUUUUGGUACAUUGCACUAGUUCCACUGGUCACUUUUUCUGUGUAUCCGGCAGUUACAGCUGAUAUUCAAACAGUGAGUUCAGGAACAUGGGAACGCUUCUUUAUCCCUGUGUGCUGCUUUUUGGUUUUUAACAUUUUCAACUGGAUUGGUCAGAAGACGGUUAGUAUUUUUGAGACUUAUUUUUUAAAGCAUUUUUUAAUUGUAUUCCCACUUCUUUUUAUCUUCCACACUGGGCUUAUGUUUGUGUUGUUGUUUUGUCAUAUCCAUCCAAGAGUUCGCCAUUUCAACAAUAUAGUAUUUCCAAUCAUUAUGGCUUUCUUCUCUUUGUCACAUGUUGUUUUGUCACACCUCUCAAUGUUGUAUAAGCGAGACCUGGAAAAGGGCCCAGACGUCUCUAAAAACCUUUGGAGGGCUAUAGGAAGUACAGCAGGCAUUGCACUUUCUUUUGCACUCAGAGCCCUAGUCCAGUUUAUCACUCCAAAUUAAAUUUGAAAGGAAAUGUGGCACCAAAGACUUUAAAACUAAAGAAACUUCAAAAUUGACAAACUUUUUCUAUAUACGUCAAAAGAAAAUGCAUUUUUUGGCAAUUUGCUAUUGACGUGUUUAAGGUCUGUGGUUUUUACAAUGAUAUAAUUAGAAUAAUAAUAUUCCAAUUAGGGAUGGGCAUGAUUAAUCGAUAAUUGAUCAUUAAGAAUUUCAUCGAUUACGUUAAUUUGAAUUGACAAACCGAAUGUAGGUUGCUGUGCGUAGCGUGACCAAACAGGGGUCCGUACAUGUAGCUCUCUGCACUCAGAAGGAGCAAGACACAAACAGUCGGUCAGUCUGCAACGUACCCAAGCGCAAAUGCGUAUAUAACGAUGAUUUGUACAAGAAAUUCCACGCUUUCCGUUGCGUUCGGGACAAAUGUGAGUCCAUAUGCACAGUGUAUAAAGCAGCACAUAUGUUUCGGUGUCCAGUGGGAAAAAGCUUUGCCAGGUCAGAGUCGUGCAAUGUCGAUGAUGAGUUCCUACCUCCGUACGGUGUCCUGGUUUUGACAAACGCAAAUAUGGUCACACUAACCUGUAUUCCACUGAGUUGUGUCUUUUAAUCCGACAGAAAUUGACCGCAUCAGCGCACAAGAACUGUAGUUUUAUCUUCGCUUAGUUUAUGCAAAUUAGCGAUGCGGUUUUAAGUUUUGUUUCUGUGAGUGUUGCAUUAAACACAUUAUAAUCUCAAACGGCUGAUGUGGCCCUAGAGUGGUUACGGUUUAUAUGUCGUAAAUUUGAAUUUAUUUAUGCAGAUUAGUAGUGCAGAUAGUAAUAAUAAUGAUGAUCAUUUUAAUAUAAAAACGUUAAUGAUUAAUCGAUAAUCGAUCGUUAAUUCUUCCGACGAUCGAUUAAGAAAAUUUCAUCGAAUGCCCAUCCCUAAUUCCAAUUGCAUUAUGCUUGGAGGACAGAUCAUUAAGCUCUGUAUGGUAGGAUACACUUCAUUGUCCCCAUAGGGAAAUUUGUGCAUUUGACCCAUCUACAUUUGACCCGACCAGUGCAGCUGGGGAAACCUGAUAGGAGCAGGGGACCCAUCUCUUUGGGUGAGGGCUCAGGUCAGACUUUAGUUGGAGGAUUUUACGUAUGGUGCAGUCAUAAAAUCUAUAAUAUGUAUAAAAAUGUAUUUUCAGGUGCUGUGACUUUUUACUUUUAUAAUGUAGAUUUUACCUAAUGUGAGAAACCAAAGUUCUUUGUAAAAGAGACUUGAAGUCAGUGUUUAUUGUCCUAAAAGGGAAACUGUUACUGAAUAAGUAUCAUGUACAUGUAAAUAUGAAACCCCUUUCACAUUGUGACUUAAGACAAAUGUGACUUUUGUAAAUUAUGAGCUGCUACAUACUAUGACAUCCGGAUUGUAAACUGGUAAUGUGUAGAUCUAUUUGUAAAUUAUUUUUUUAACUAAAAUGUUUUAAUAUAAAAUUUAAAAAAUAUAUAUUUAAAAUAAUAAAAAAAUAUUUUUACAUUUUAUAGACAUUUGUACUAAGUUUUGUUUUUCUGACAAUUUGCACUGGUUGCACAUGUUUUGAUGAAGCCAAAAGUUAGCCUUUCAUGAUCAUUCAAAUGUUUUAUCAUGUCAUUUCUAUAUAUGCAAUAUUUAUGUCAGUGUUAUUACAUUCAAUUCUGUGUCAAAAUAAAUGAGCUUUUUGAGA